CGCAUCGAUGAGGAGGUGUGAGAGGCCUGGCGCUCGCUGAAGCGCUCGGCUUCUGGGGCAGCGGCUUGCCGUUUUCUCCUGAGGGCUUGGGCCGGUGUCUUCCUUGGAGAGACAACUCGGCGACCGGGACACUCAUACAGGAUGCUGUGUUCCUUGCUUCUUUGUGAAUGUGUGUUGCUGAUAGCUGGCUAUGCUCAUGAUGAUGACUGGAUUGACCCCACAGACAUGCUUAACUAUGAUGCUGCUUCAGGAACAAUGAGAAAAACCCCUCAGGUGAACUAUGGUAUAUCAGAGAAAAAGGAUGUCAGUCCUGACUUGUCAUUUGCUGAUGAAAUGUCAGAAUGUUACCACAAACUUGAUUCUUUAAGUCAUAAGAUUGAUGAGUGUGAAAAGAAAAAGAGGCAAGACUAUGAAAGUCAGAGCAAUCCUGUUUUCAGGAGAUACUUAAAUAAGAUUUUAAUUGAAGCUGGAAAGCUUGGACUUCCAGAUGAGAACAAAGGUGAUAUGCAUUAUGAUGCCGAGAUUAUCCUCAAAAGACAAACCUUGUUAGAAAUACAGAAAUUUCUCGAUGGAGAGGAGUGGAAAUCAGGAGCCUUAGAUGAUGCACUAAGUGAUAUUUUAAUUAAUUUUAAGUUUCAUGAUUUUGAAACGUGGAAGUGGCGAUUUGAGGAUUCCUUUGGAGUGGAUCCCUAUAAUGUGUUCAUGGUACUUCUGUGUCUGCUCUGCAUUGUGGUAUUAGUGGCUACCGAGCUGUGGACAUAUGUUCGUUGGUACACCCAACUGAGACGUCUUUUAUUCAUCAGUUUUCUCAUCAGUUUCGGAUGGAAUUGGAUGUAUUUAUAUAAGCUAGCUUUUGCACAGCAUCAGGCCGAAGUUGCCAAGAUGGAACCAUUACACGUGUGUGCUGAGAAGAUGGACUGGAGUGGAAGUCUUUGGGAAUGGUGGAGAAGUUCAUGGACCCUUCAGGAUGACCCAUGCCAAAAAUACUUUGAGCUCUUAUUGGUCAACCCUAUUUGGUUGGUUCCACCAACAAAGGCAUUGGCAGUUACAUUCACCAACUUUGUAACAGAGCCAUUGAAGCACAUUGGAAAAGGAACUGGUGAAUUUAUUAGAGCGCUCAUGAAGGAGAUUCCAGUGUUACUUCACAUUCCAGUGCUAAUAAUUAUGGCAUUAGCUGUCCUGAGUUUCUGCUAUGGUGCUGGAAAAUCAGUUGGUAUGCUGAGACAUUUAGGUGGUUCUGAGAGAGACCCUCUCCUGGCACUUCACUCAGGUGAUAGAAGACGUCAGAAGGAAAUUGAUUAUAGACUCCAUGGUGGAGCAGGUGAUGCAGAUUUCUAUUAUAGGAGCCAGAUUGGUCCCGGUGAACAAGGGCCUUAUGGCAAAACAGAUGAGGGUAGAAGAGAUGCUUUGAGAGAGAGAGAUGUUGACUUGAGAUUUCAGACUGGCAACAAGAGCCCUGAAGUGCUCCGGGCAUUUGAUUUACCAGAUGCAGAGGCACAAGAACAUCCCAAGGUGGUAUCCAGUCAUAAAUCACUUACUUUGGAUGCAAAACCAAACGAGACAGCUGAAAUCCCAAAAGAAAGCACACUCACAGAAAGCAGUACUAAAAGCAGCCAGUUUGCUCAGCCCAUGUCUGGCCACGAGACAGCAGGGAGUGUGGAAGAGUCACCUGCAGUGGAGAAGGCCCAGCUCAGGACUGAAGCCAAAGGCAGCACGAACAGCCCAGCAAGAACUGCAGCUGCAGCAUGUGGAAAGGAUCCAGUCGGGAGCCCGUGUGGAUAGAGGAACAGAUAUGGACGCCACUCUGAGAUACCCAUUUGGGGGUGAAAUCGACUGUGACAACUAGCAAGGCAACAUGCUAAUGCUGUUGAAUGAUGACAGCAAUUCAGGGAAGACUUUAUUAAAGCUAAAUGAACAUGUCAAGGCCAGUUCAUAACUAGAAAGAUUGGUUAGCCAAGCUUUAUUAUUACAAUUAAGGCUUAUAGUGACAAACUUUUAGGAAAGUCAGAAUGGGGGUUGACAGCCCUUAAAACCAACUUUUAAACUGAAUAGAUAAUGUUGAAUGUUUAUAGGAUCUAAGAACCACCAUAUACACAAAAUAAACUUAUUUUUACAUUACUGUAGUUUGA